GAGUCUUCGUAUUUGUAUCAGCAUGGCCUUCUCCAAAGGUCUGUCAGACCGACCCGACAGCGGUCUCUUGUACCGUCCGCAACUGUCCCCACGAGAAGAUGCGCCCUACCCGACAUCCACCACGACGUUUCCCUCGCCACUGUCGCCCUUGAGGAACCUCAGCCUGGCUGCUACUGCUGCCGAGGGUCGCGGAAGUCUACAACGUCGUUUUACCACGAAUGCGCUGCCCACGCUAUCACCCAUCGCUCAGCAGAGACGCCAGGCUGCCGAUCCCGCCAUGACGGCGUUCAACAAGAUUACUCCCUCCGAGAGAAAAGCUCGUCAGUACGAGGAGCUCCUUGCCCAGCAGCGCCGUAUUCAGGCUCAAAUGGCCAUGAUUGACCCGGAGACUCGUCGUGAAGUCGACGAACAUCAAAGAUUGGAGCAGGAUAUCACCAUGUUCACUGCAGGACAUUUGAGCGAGCCCACCACGCCGCCCGAGUACUACAGCUCUGUCAACCGUGCCCACAGCGCUCGUUUGUCCACUGCCAGUUUGGCUUCUCCUCCUGGAUUCCCGGCUCGCCCCAAUCGUUCGGGCUCUCAGCUUGCAUCCCCUCAGACAACAUUCUCGAGACCAGUCACUUCGCACGUCCACUCAGCGUCUAUCCCAUCUAGAUCGGUUCCUGCCUCGCGCCGUGGCUCUGACGAAGAUGAGGAGGAUACUUCAUUGUCACUUGCGGACAUCAAUCAUCGCGCUGCAGCCAACCUCAAUCGCAACUCUAUGCCUGUCAAGAUGGCCGAACUGUCUACCAUUCUCGGAUCUGUCAACACCACCGGUUUCCUGUUUGGUGAUGAGGACGAUCACAAGUCUACUCGUAUCCAGAAUCCGGCCGCAUCCCCUGAUGCCAAGCAGUUCCUUCAGUACCAAGCCAGCGACGACAAGUUCCCCAUCCUCGUUCGUCGUGAGGGUGAGGGCAUGCAGCUUUCCGCUUCUGCUGCAGCCGUGGAGAUGGCCAAGUCCCAGCAGAACGGUAUCGACAAUCAAGAUCGUGCCACCACUACCCGCACCAACAGACAGUCGCUUCCUCCCAGUGCAAUGCGCCAGUCUGGUUACGGCGAUGCUCCCAUGUCUCCUCUCAAUGAUCAACACCGCAAAAACACUGCCGCCAACAGAAGAUCCAUGGAAGUCAAGUUCAGUGGUCUUGCCACGCCUAAGCGCCCUGGCCUGUUGGCCUCACCCAAGAGUGUCGGCUCGAACGGUGUGCCCAAGUUGCAGGGUUCUUACUCGACCAACGACAUUCCCACCCUGAAGAGUACGAAUUCUGCCAACUUCUCUGAGAGCUCGGGUGCUGUUCAGAGCCCUCGUCCUGAAUUUGCUUCGCCUGCUCGCCAGUCCAACAUCCUCGGCAACGGUCAUCAGAACGGCUUCCACACUCCUGCUCGUCAGAUUCAGGAACAGCCCAAGCCCGAGGAACUUAACAGCGGAGCUCCAUCUCAGAGAUCUGCUCUUCAAGCUAGUGCCGCACCCUUUGGACCUACUGUCACCUCUCCCUCUUUCGAACCUGCUCGCGUCAUCACCAACAACAACUCGAACGGCAUCAGCAACGGUCAUAUAAGUCCUCCUUCGAUGCAGACUUACGGCAAUGGAGCCUACUAUGGUGGCUAUGGCAUGCACAUGCUGGGCAAUGGCUUCAACCAAAUGUAUCUUGGCAACCAGGGCGGUGGCCAAUGGGGUCACAUGGCCGGCUUCCAACACGGAUUUGGCGGUGGUUACCCUCAGCAGCCCUCCCAGCAGCAGCAGAGCCCCGCGCGCUACAACGACAGCCAGCCCCGCGUCAUGCAGCAGCCACGCCGCAACACUAACGGAGAUGACAACUCGCGUUACUCCAACGUCAAGUUGCAGGAGCUCAUCGGCGAGAUCUAUGGUCUUUGCAAGGAUCAGCACGGCUGCCGCUACUUGCAGAAGAAGUUGGAAGAAAAUGAUGAUGAGAACAUCAGGCUCAUCUUUGAGGAGACCAACCCUCACAUGAUUGAGUUAAUGACUGAUCCCUUUGGUAACUACCUCUGCCAGAAGCUGCUUGAAUACGCCAACGAUGACCAGCGCACUGUUCUCAUUCGCGCUGCUGCCCCCUCGAUGGUCAAGAUUGCUCUCAACCAGCACGGUACCCGCGCUCUGCAGAAGAUGAUUGAGUUCAUCUCAACCCCUGAGCAGAUCCAGAUUAUCACCGAGGCUCUGAGAUAUGAAGUUGUCCCUCUCAUUCAAGAUCUCAACGGCAACCACGUUAUCCAGAAGUGUCUCAACCACUUGUCUCCCGAGGACGCCCAGUUCAUUUUCGACGCUGUUGGCACUAGCUGUGUCAUCGUUGGCACCCAUCGUCAUGGCUGUUGCGUCCUGCAGCGUUGCAUCGACCACGCCUCUGGUCACCAGAAGGGUCAGCUCGUCCACCACAUCACCAUGAACGCCUUUACUCUUGUUCAGGACCCCUUCGGCAACUACGUUGUUCAGUACAUCCUCGAUCUCGGCGAACCUGCCUUCUCUCAGCCUCUGGCCGAGAGCUUCCUCGGCAAUAUUGCCGCUCUCUCCAGACAGAAGUUCAGCUCCAACGUCAUUGAGAAGUCGAUUCGCACUGGCGACGAGACCACCAGACGCGCUCUCAUCGAUGAGAUUAUGAACCCUGUCGAUCUUGAGAAGCUGCUUCGCGACUCAUACGCCAACUAUGUUGUCCAGACCGCCAUGGACUACGCCGACCCUGAGACCAAGGCUCGUCUCAUUGACAACAUCCGUCCUAUCCUUCUGUCAAUCCGCCACACUCCUUACGGCCGUCGCAUUUCCAGCAAGAUCCAGGACUACGACAACCAGCUCAACGGCAUGCCUGGUUCCAUCUCUCCUCCUGGUGUCAUGUCGCCUGGUCAGCUCAACUCCACCCCUUUCCGUACCAGCAGAUCCAAUACCAUGACCUCCUACACCAGCGCCAACAGCCCUGGUGGUCAUCAAGCCGGUAACUACGGUGCUGCCAGCAUGGGCUCUCCUAACGGUCACAACCACCACCACGGAUCUCUCAACACCAUGCUCGCCCAGGCCCCUCAGCAGCAAACCAAUGGCAAUGGCUUUGGCCAGGGCUACCAGCAAUUCGGUCAUGCUUCUCACGGCUCUCGCUCUUCCAACAUGGGACACUAC